GUCAGUUCCGAGAGGCUUUCCCAGCAAACAGCUCCUGGACUCGAGUCGCAGUAGAGAGAUGGGGGUCUUAUGUCCUCUCAGCACUAGGCUAUGGCUAUUCCUUGUUAUUCCUCUAGUCACUUCUGCUUUUCCUUUGGAUCCAGGUGUUGGUAAUAGACAGCUAGGAGCUGCAGGUCAGUUCUGGCACAUUUCUGAUUUACAUUUGGAUUUUUCUUAUCAUAUUACUGAAGAUCGCACCAAAGUUUGCUUAUCCUCUAAAGGGGCUAAUGCCUCAAGUCCUGGAAUAUUUGGAGAUUUUCUUUGUGAUUCACCUUACCAGCUCAUAUUAUCAGCAAUUGAGUACAUAAGGGAUUCCCCACAAAAAGUUGACUUCAUGAUAUGGACUGGAGAUAGCCCUCCUCAUGUUCCAGUGAAUGAACUCUCCACGAAACUGGUCAUAGAUGUUAUUGGAAAUAUGACAACCACAAUUCGCAGUCUCUUACCUGACCUACUAGUAUUUCCAGCACUUGGUAACCAUGACUACUGGCCACAGGACCAGUUUCCCGUGUCAGGAAGUGAGAUUUAUUCUGCUGUUGCUGAUUUGUGGAAACCUUGGUUGACUGAAGAGGCUCUUAGCACGUUUCGCAGAGGUGGGUACUACUCUCAGGUAUUCAAAGCAAAAGGCUCCUCCCAUCCUCUGAGGAUCAUCAGUUUGAACACAAAUCUGUACUACAGUCCCAACAAAGUGACAGUGAACAUAACUGACCCAGCUGAUCAGUUUGAGUGGCUGGAAUACACCUUGCAAAACUCUCGUCAAAAUAAUGAAAAGGUUUAUAUUAUAGCUCAUGUCCCUAUCGGCUAUUUGCCUUUUGCACGAUUCACUACUGCAAUGAGAGAGAAUUAUAAUGAGAGGCUUGUGAAAAUUUUCCGCAAUUAUAGUGAUGUUAUCACUGGACAGUUUUAUGGACAUACUCACCGAGACAGCAUUAUGGUGCUUUUAGAUGAAAAAGAAAAGCCCGUUGGUUCUGUGUUUGUGGCACCUGCAGUAACACCAAUUAAGUCUUUAUCAGAACUGGACUCCAAUAAUCCAGGCUUUAGGUUGUAUCAGUAUGAUACCAAUAACUUUAACUUACAGGACUUGUGGCAUUAUUAUCUAAACCUCACUGAUGCAAAUCUAAGGAAAGAGGCCCGUUGGAAUCUAGAAUACAUUAUGACCAAAACAUACAAAAUAAAAGAUCUGCAGCCAGAGAGUUUGGAAGAACUUGUAAAGAGAUUUCAGGACCCAAUAACUGAUGAUUUCCAAAACUACUAUAAAAACUACAUAGUGAACUUUGAUUCUACCGUUGGCUGUCUAGGGAUUUGCAAAUCAGAUCAGUUAUGCGCUAUUCAGUAUGUGGAUGAGGCGUCCUAUACAAAGUGUAUGAUGAUGGGCGAGAUGUACAGUGAAUUUUAGUCCAAAGAGAACUGCAAAUUAAGACAUUCCUCUUAUCUUAUAAGACAGGAUGACAAUACAAAAUAAAAAGUUCUAUUUUUUUCUGUUCAUAUGGGAACAAACUAUUUAGCAAUACAUAAGCAUAUGUAAAUAUGUUGCCAUAAAUUUCUGUGUAAAUGAAAAUGUUUUUAUUGCUUCACAUUAAAUAGUAUUGAUUUGAGACCUUGAUAUAAACCCGUUUAGGCUUGCUGUUUAUGAAUUCAAACAAAGAUAUUGAUGCAUUUCUUUAUAUUACAUUUAAAUAAAUUAUUUCUUGUAACUACUUUGAAUAAUGGAAAACAAUAUUAUACAUAGUAAAUAUUUCUUGUAACUACUUUGAAUAAUGGAAAACAAUAUUAUACAUAGUAAAUAUUUUUCAAUUCUA